AUGACAAGUUAUCCUCAUACAGGCUACAGUGACUACACCCUCUUUGAAAAAUAUAUUAAUGGAGCUGGAGAAGAUGGAUUGUUCACAGAAGAAGAUUCUGAACAGUACCCUUCAUGGUGUGUACUAAAUGGCGCUUUGGUAGAGUACACAGAGAUACAAUCAAUAUUUGAAGAACUCGGUCACGUUUUCGCUUUUCAGCAGGAUAAUGUUAGAAAUAUGCUUGAUUUCUUUAUGAUACAACUCGAUUCUCGCUCAAGUAGAAUGCAUUGCAGUCAAGCUCUAUUGUCUUUGCAUGCCGAUUAUAUUGGUGGAGAACAUUCAAACUAUAGAAAGUGGUAUUUUGCUACUCAAUAUUAUGUACCCAAGAAGAAAAGUGAAUCUGAAUUGAACGAUAUUGCUAACAAUGAUUCUCACGAAGUUAGUUGGAAAAAGAAAAUGGUCUCAUUAUCUGAAAAAGAUUAUGUUACUCAGGUGGCCCUAUAUCUACUUAUAUGGGGGGAGGCUAGUAAUGUAAGAUUUCUUCCCGAGUGUAUUUGUUUUAUUUAUAAGUGUGCAUUAGAUUAUUUACAUGAUGAGGGUGGAAAAGAAGGCAAAAAGGGCAUACAAACAAGCUUUCUUGAACAAGUAAUCACUCCUAUAUAUGCAUAUAUGGCUACACAAAUUGCGAAAAGACUCCGAGGAAAAGAUCAUCCAGAUGUGGUUGGGUAUGAUGAUAUGAAUCAAUUAUUUUGGUAUCCACAGGGUCUUCAAAGAAUUAAACUUUUAGAUGGUACUCGAUUGAUGGAUCUUCCACCAGGCCAAAGAUUUCAAUAUUUUCAAGAUAUUCAAUGGAAAAAGGCAUUUUAUAAAACUUUCAAAGAGCAUAGAACUUGGUUGCAUCUCAUUACCAAUUUCAACCGAGUAUGGAUAAUCCAUGCUUCUGUAUAUUGGUAUUAUAUUUCAUUCAACUCCCUGUCUAUAUACACAAAAGAUUAUAUCCAAGUGUUAGAUAAUAAACCUCCACCUCAGGUACGGUGGACUGUUGUUUCUUUUGGCAGUUCAAUCGCUUGUAUGAUUCAGAUUCUUGCAACAGUUUUGGAAUGGAUUUUCGUACCUCGAAAAUGGCCAGGUGCUCGGCUGCAGCUUCCCAGGUUAUUGCUUUUAAUAUUUCUAUUUCUGGUGAAUGUAUCUCCUUCGGUGUAUAUUUUGAGCUUUAUUCCUUUGGAUGCUUAUUCGAGACAUGCCUUCAUUAUUUCAAUGGUCCAAUUUCCAAUAUCAGUGAUAACUACACUUUAUCUCUCUAUCGUUCCUAGCAAUAAAUUAUUUUAUUGGCGAAGUGAUUAUAACAACAAAGUAUUCAACGCCUCAUUUCCAAAAUUGAGCAAAUCAAGCAGAUUCAUAUCUGUUGGAUUGUGGUUUUCGAUAUUUGCAGCCAAAUUUGUGGAAUCGUACUUUUUUCUAAUUCUAUCCUUAAAAGAUCCAAUUAGAAUUUUAUCAACAAUGAAAAUGAGUCGAUGUUAUGGAGAUAAGGUAUUUGGAAGUAUUUUAUGCAACCAACAAGCAAGAAUAACAUUGUUAUUAAUGUAUCUUGCAGAUUUUGUUCUUUUCUUUCUUGAUACUUAUUUGUGGUAUGUUAUUUGCAACUGUAUUUUGUCUAUUGGUUUAUCAUUUUCGCUAGGUGUUUCAAUAUUUACUCCUUGGAGAAACAUAUACAAUCGGUUACCUGAAAGAUUGGCAACAAAAAUAUUGUUUACUACUAAAAAAAUCAAUAAUCCAACUUUAUUCGUUUCUCAGAUUUGGAAUGGUAUCAUUCUCUCAAUGUAUAGAGAGCAUAUCUUAACUAUAGAUCAAGUGAAGAAACUCGUGUACCAAAAGUUUCAAACAGACCUGUUUGGCGGCUCUGUUAUAAGAGCGCCAUCAUUCUUUGUUCAUCAGGAUGAUAGUACAAAUACUAUGUCUGAUUUCUUUAUUCCUGGACUUGAAGCUGAAAGGAGAAUCUCAUUUUUUGCACAAUCGCUCUCCACCCCGAUUCCCGAACCUAUUCCUACUAUAGCCAUGCCCACCUUCACGGUAUUAAUUCCUCAUUAUUCAGAAAAGAUUAUUCUCAGUUUAAAAGAAAUAUUAAAGGAAGAUAAGCGUUCAAAGGUUUCCCUUCUAGAAUAUCUUAAAACGUUAAACCCCGUAGAUUGGGAAAACUAUGUCAAAGAUACUAAAAUAUUAUCUUCUGUAACGAAAGAUGACAAUAUCAUUCUCAAUGGUGAUCAGCAUUUCAAUAAUAGCUUACCGGACUUGGGAGAUAUUUUAUUGAAUGAUAGAAUUGAUGAUCUACCAUACUAUUGUGUUGGUUUCAAAAGUUCUUCACCAGAAAGUACAUUAAGGACUCGAAUUUGGGCUAGCUUGAGGACCCAGACGUUAUAUAGAACAGUUUCGGGGUUUAUGAAUUAUCAAAAGGCGAUCAAGUUGUUACAUUAUUCGGAGACUAUAGAAAUGGUUCAAUCUAUCGAGAAUGGAAACUUAUUUGAUAACUUGGCAAACAGAAAGUUCCAUUUGGUAAUUGCAAUGCAAAGGUUUCUGAAGUUUUCUGAAGAUGAGAGACGGGAUGCAGAUUUAUUGUUUGCAACCUACCCUGACGUUAAGGUGGCCUGUAUCGAUGAAAUCAUAGAUGAAGAUGGAACUGUUUCUUACUACUCGACUCUAUUGGACGUGUCAUUGAAGGGUGAAAAUGGAGAGUAUAACAAGAUUUACAGCAUAAAGCUUGCAGGUAACCCCAUAUUAGGUGAUGGGAAGUCGGAUAAUCAAAAUUGUGCCCUUAUAUUCUAUAGAGGGGAGUAUAUUCAAGUAAUAGAUGCUAAUCAGGAUAAUUAUAUUGAAGAAUGUUUGAAGAUAAAAUCUGUCCUUGCAGAAUUCGAAGAAUAUGAACUUGAUUGUUCAGAUCAAUAUAAUCCGCAAUAUCUUUACAGCAACGAGAAUAGAGUGGCGAUAUUAGGGGCAAGGGAGUAUAUAUUCUCUGAAAACAUUGGGGUAUUGGGAGACAUAGCAGCAGGAAAGGAACAAACUUUUGGAACACUUUUUGCUCGAACUCUAGCAAAAAUAGGUGGGAAGCUACAUUAUGGACAUCCCGACUUCAUCAAUGGAAUCUUUAUGGCAACUCGUGGAGGCAUCUCGAAAGGUCAGAAGGGCCUUCAUUUAAAUGAAGAUAUAUAUGCUGGAAUCACUGCUAUUACUAGAGGGGGUAAAAUUAAACAUUGUGACUAUUAUCAAUGUGGAAAAGGAAGAGAUUUGGGAUUCGGAACUAUUCUUAAUUUUACAACAAAGAUUGGGGCUGGUAUGGGUGAACAAAUUCUCUCCCGUGAGCAUUAUUACCUUGGAACACAACUCCCAAUUGAUAGAUUCUUAUCAUUUUACUAUGCCCACCCUGGUUUUCAUCUAAAUAACCUCUUCAUCAUGUUGUCGGUGGAAUUAUUCAUGUUGAUUUUAGUCAAUUUGGGCUCAUUAUCUCACGAAUCCAUAUUCUGUAUGUGGGAUAAACAUAGAAAUAUCACUGAUAUAGAAGAGCCAUUGGGAUGCUAUAAUUUAAAGCCUGUACUUGAUUGGGUUAAUCGGUACGUUUUCUCGGUUGUGAUAUGUUUUGCACUCUCGUUUCUUCCAUUGGUAUUCCAAGAGUCAAUUGAAAAGGGCCCCAUAAAGGCGCUAUCUCGAGUUUGUUUACAUAUCAUUUCGUUGGCUCCAUUCUUUGAAGUUUUUGUCUGUAAAGUUUACGCAAAAUCAUUGAGAGAUAAUAUUACAUUCAGUGGUGCAAGAUACAUCGCAACCGGUAGAGGAUUUGCAACAUCACGAAUUUCUUUUUCGGUAUUAUACUCCAGGUAUGCAACAACAUCAAUUUAUUCAGGGCUGGUGGUAUUCUUCGUUGUACUUUUUGGUACAGUCUGUAUGUGGCAACCAUCUCUACUUUGGUUCUGGAUAUCGGUCAUAUCACUUACUUCUGCACCUUUCAUCUUCAACCCACACCAAUUUGCAUGGGGAGAAUUCGUCCUAGAUUACAGAGAUUUUCUCAGGUGGUUAUCGAGAGGUAACUCCAAAACGCACCGUAAUUCUUGGAUUGGGUUUACAAGGGCACGAAGGUCUAAAUUUACUGGAUAUAAAAGGAAAUCUUUGUCUGCGGAUAUAGUUGAUGAAAAGGAUUGUAAUGUUAACCGACCUUCCCGUUGGAACCUUUUUAUCGAUGAGGUAUUGCUUCCAUUCACAAACUCCACCUUCCUUUUAAUCCCAUUUAUGUUCAUCAACUCGCAGAAUGGGGUUUCGAAGCCUUCUGAAGUGAAUAUCCUUUUGCGGCUAGUAAUUGUAUCUAUCAUUCCAUGGGUACUAAAUACAAUUGUGUUAAUUGUGUUGCUUCCCAUCUCUUUAAGUGUCGGGCCGCUCACAUCUUGCUGUUGUAGACAUGUUUCUAGUGUCAUGGCAGCCAUUGCACAUACUGUAGCAAUAUUAUUCACAAUAUUAACCUUCAUUGUUUUCUUUAUUUUAGAGGGUGGAAAUUUAACCAGAACUCUAUGUGGAAUAAUAUGCGUCUUAUCUUUUCAACGGUCAUUUUUACUGUUUGUAUCUGCGAUAAUACUUUCCAAGGAGUUGAAAGAAGAUUAUACGAAUAGAGCUUGGUGGUCAGGAAACUGGAUAUUCAGUGGACUUGGAUGGAUGGCAAUAAGCCAAUUCCUAAGAGAGUUUAUUGUAAAGACUUUCGAAAUGAGUCUUUUCGCUUACGAUUUCAUUCUUGGUCAUUGUUUGUUAUUUAGUAUGGUACCAAUUUUGAUGAUCCCUUACAUUGACAAGUGGCAUUCUUGUAUGCUAUUUUGGUUAGGCCCAAGACACAAGUUUCAAUCUCAUAUAAGGUCUAAAAGAGAAAUGAGAAGGAGAAAGCGGAUCAUCACAAAGUACUCAAUCUUGUUUUUCAUGUUGAUGGCAAUUUUUGCAGCCAUUGUGGUUAUACCAAUUAUCAGCUCCAAUAAAAUAAAUGAAAUCACGAAACCUUGGAUUUCACAUUCAAUUGUACCUCAUUUAUUCCAACCGAAUGGCCAAAAUAACAAUGAUACGGGAAUUAAUGCGCCUCAAUCUGUUCUACGAGAAAAACCUGAACCAAGAACUAUGAGGACUGUUUUUUGA